CCGGUCCCCGCGGCGAUGGCGUCGGGCUGCAGGCCCCUGCGCGGCGAGGUGGCGCGGGAGGUGCUGGGCCGCACGCAGGGCGUCCUGUUCGACUGCGACGGCGUCCUGUGGAGCGGCGAGCGGCCGGUGGGCGGCGGGCCCGAGCUGCUGCGGCGGCUGGGCGGGCGCGGCACGGCGGCCCUCUUCGUCAGCAACAACAGCCGCCGCGCGCUGCCCGCCCUGCAGCGCCGCUUCGCCCGCCUCGGCUUCCCGCCCGUGCCCGCCCAGCGCCUCUUCAGCUCGGCGCUCUGCUCCGCCCGGCUGCUCGCCCGACGCCUCGGCCCCUCGCCAUCCUCGCCGUCCUCCCCAUCGUCGCCAUCGUCCCCAUCAUCCCCCUCUCCGCCCCCGGCCGGCCCCGUCUUCGUGCUGGGCGGGGAGGGGCUGCGCGACGAGCUCCGGGCCGCCGGGCUCGGCCUGGUCGGGGACCCCGAGCCCGGACGGACGGACGGGGCCGGGGGGGAGCCCGACGGGGCCGGGACCGACCCCCGGCCCCGGGCCCGCGCCGUCCUGGUGGGCUACGACGACCAGUUCACCUUCGCCAAGCUGAGCGAGGCCUGCGCCCACCUGCGGGACCCCGACUGCCUGCUCGUCGCCACGGACCUGGACCCCUGGCACCCCCUCGGCGACGGCACGAGGACCCCGGGAACCGGGAGCCUGGUGGCGGCGGUGGAGGUGGCAUCCGGACGCCAGGCCCUGGUGGUGGGGAAGCCCAGCACCUACAUGUUCGAGUGCAUCACCGAGCGCUUCGACGUGGACCCCGCCCGCACCCUCAUGGUGGGCGACCGGCUAGAGACGGACAUCCUGUUCGGCCACCGCUGCGGCCUGACCACCGUGCUCACCCUGACCGGCGUCUCGCAGCUGGAGGAGGCCCGGGCCUACAUGGCCAGCGGCCGGUCCGAACUGGUGCCCGACUACUACGUGGACAGCAUCGCGGACUUGAUAGCGGGCCUGGAGGACUGAGCCGGGGAGAGGGGGGAGACCUCUUCCCUCCCGCUUUUCCCUCUCCCUGUCCGAGACCCUCCUCCCCCUGCCCUGCUUCCCCUUUUCCCGGCAUCAGGGGGGCCUGAGGCUGGAGAGGUGUGUGGCCCACGGAGUCAGACCCCACCAUUCCCAGUCUCCUACCCCAGGGUGGUAGGAGAGGCCGAUCCUGGCCCCAGGGGUUGAAUUUCUGUCCCCUCCCCACCUCCACACCGCCGUCCGGCCUGCCCCGGCCCCACCGCGCUGGACAAGACUGCUUUAUUCCCCCGACCCUCCCGCCUUUCCUCCUCCUCCGUCUGGCUGAUCCGCCUCGAAGGGAAAGAGGGUCACCCUUGUCCUGGAUCCCCUCUGGUCCAGAUCACCCGGAGUCGUCACCGCCCCUUGGGCAGUCCGGCUGGGAGGGGUGCCCAGGGUUCACGGUGGGGUGGUCCAGUUGAUAUGCCUCCCCCUCCGCCCCUACCACCAACCCACCCACCGGUCUCCCCCCCCAUCAGUGGGCUCCGUCCUUGUGCCCCGACCCACCCCUAUGUUCAGCUGUGUUUAUUUAUUACCUUUCGAUGAGUGGUGUUUGUAUCAAGUGGGGGAGGAGCCGACUGGGGCCUGACCUGUGUCCCUCCCUCCCCCGCCCCCCAAACCCCUUGGCCAC